AUGGCCGAAUAUUUGUCCGUUGGAAUGAAGCUCCACGCCAUGUACGGAGCCGAUGGCGAAUUCUACCCCGCCGAGGUCGCCAGCCUCUCGACCUCGGCGAAGAAGAAGAAAACUCCUGUGAAGGUCCACUACAUCGGCUAUGAGACCACUGACGAUGCCUGGGUGAGCUUGGACAUGUUGAAGUGCAAGGCUCUGCCCAAGGACAAGAAAGCUGCUCCCGCUCCGGCGAAGGCCACGAAGGGCACCAAGGCCGCCGCCGCUCCGAAGGCUAAGGCCAAGGCCAAGGCCAAGGCCAAGGCCAAGCCUGAGAUGGACUACUCUGGACUCACCAAGGGGAUGCGACUGCAGGCUGAAGCGGAUGGCAAGUACUGGGCAGCUGAGGUCGUGGUGGUUUCCAAGAAGAAGAAGGACACGCCUGUGAAGGUCACCUUCAUUGGCUACGACAAGCAGUACGAUGAAUGGCUUGGAGCAGAUCGCCUCCGCUCCAAGGCCAUCAUGCCAAAGUCCAAGGAGGGAAGCAAGGCCGCCUUCGGUGCCGUGAUGCCUCAGGCAGCCAAGAAGCUCCUCUUGGUGAAGCCCAAGGUGAAGGCACCUUUGGACCCUGGCUUCAGUCCCUUGAUUUUGGCCAAGCAGAAGUACUUGGAGGCUGCAAAGGAGUGCAAGGACAAGCUGACUUGGGCCUUGCCUCGUGCUGACGGCUGCGGCCGUUACUCUCUUCCAGUCUUUGCCGAUGGCACCAGGGAAGCUCGCGCAUCUGCCUAUCUUGCAGGCAUUCUUAUCCAGGAGAUGAUUUGGCAGCGCAGUGCCGGAAGUCUUAUCCUCCAUGGCCCACCGAAGAUUUGCAAAUUCAUCGAGAAGUGCUACUCUGCAGGUGGUGCCUAUGAAUUCGAAGUGAUGUCCAUGCCCAAGGUCUGCGGAACCCCCGACAAACCCUUCGAGGUGAAAAUCGUGGAGAAUGAGUCGGAUGUCCCGGAGGCCAAGGACACACCACAGGUUUGCGGCAAGGAUGCCAACGGCUGCCGUUUGGCCUUUGACCUCGGCAAGAGUGACAUCAAGACCGUGGCUGUGAAGGACAACGAGGUGGUGUAUUCAAAGGAGACUGAGUGGGAUGUCACCAAUGCAGACCCACAGUACCACUAUGAUGCAAUUCUGGCUGCUCUCAAGCUUGCCAAGGACACACUCCCCAAGGUGGAUGCCAUUGGUGGAAGUGCUACAGGAACCGUCUCCGCCUUGAACGAGGCAACUUGGUGCGACAUUUUCCCCAACGUGCCUCCUGAUGUCUACAAGGCGAAGGUGGUGGACAUCUUCAUUCGCUUGGGAAAGGAGAUUGCUGGAGACGUUCCUUUGAAGGUCAUCAAUGAUGGAGAAGUCACUGCCUUGGCAGCCGUCCAGAAGAUCAAGGCUGGCAACGUGAUGGGUAUCUCCAUGGGUAGCAGCGAGGGUGCUGGAUACGCCAAUGCCGAUGGCAAUUUGAUGGGCUGGAUCAGCGAGUUGUGCUACUGCCGCAUUGACCUCAACCCCAAGGCUCCAACUGAUCCAUGGUCCAAGGGCGCCCACAGGGGCCUCUCUCACAUGUACCUUGGACAACGUGGAACUACCAAGUUGGCAGCCAAGGGCGGUGUGGAAGUGCCUGCCAACUACAAGUACCCUCAUACUGACAUGUGCACCAUCAAGCACGAGAACCACGCCCAGUGCCUGAAGUUGAUUCAGGAAGCCAUGAAGGGUGACAAGGCAGAUGAGGUGAAGAAGAUCUAUGAGACAGUUGGCACUUACCUCGGCUACGCCCUUGCUGGCUACUGCGAGUUCUAUAAGAUCGACCACGUGAUGAUCUUGGGCCGUGUCAGUAAGGGCAAGGGCGGAGAUAUCAUGCUCGAUCAGGCCAAGAAGGUUUUGGAAGAGGAGUUUCCUCAGUUUGCUCACAUCAAGUUCCACACGGCGGACGACCACUUCAAGGCUGUGGGGCAGUGCAUUGCCGCUGCAGCUUUGCCAGAGCUCAAGUGA